AUGAAAGGGUUAAAGGUUGAGCUAAUGAAGAUCUUGACCAUCUUCACAGCCAUUGACUUGUCAUGCAAUUCUUUCCAAGGGGAUAUCCCUGGAGUUAUUGGACAACUUCACUCUCUCAUAGGGCUCCACCUUUCUCAUAACCACCUUACAAGUUCCAUCCCUUUCACUUUAGGGAACUUGACUAAUCUUGAAUGGCUCGAUCUUUCUUCGAACAAGCUCGGUGGGGGAAUUCCUAGAGAAUUGGGAGAUUUGGCAUCCCUUGGGUACUUAGACCUCUCGAAGAACCAAUUGAUUGGUCGAAUUCUUCAAGACAAGCAAUUGAGCACAUUUUCAAUAGAUUUGUUUAGUGGGAAUCUAGGCUUAUGUGGAACUCCAUUGCCAAAAGCAUGCCGUAGCGAUGCUCAACCUCCUCAACCAUCAACCUCAUCAACUUUCGAUCACGAAGUGCAUGAUAGUUGGUCCAAACAAAAAAUAGUGUGGAUAGGUUAUGCAUUUGGAAUCGUUAUUGGGAUUUCCUUAGCAUACAUUGCAUUUGCAAUAGAUUGGCCCAUGUGGCUCGCGAGGUGCGAGAAUGUUGGAGAGAAGAGCAGUCGAGUAGAUGGAGAAGCCAAUUGGUUCAUGUUGGGAAAAUGA